UUGCCAGUUUCAGUUAGGAACUGAGAUAGUGGCAAACCAUUUGGUAAUUCUUCCAUGUAUAAAUACCUUGCUUAUCCAGAGACUCCCUAGAACACUUUUGAUUGAGUUUGGAAGCAUCUCUUGGCCUGGAUUGAAGUGCUAUGGAGCAACUUCUGACUCCCAGCAACAUGAGUGCAAAUUCUCAUAGUAGUCCCAUCUAUGACAGCCUGGUUGAGCUGAGAUGCCAUUUCACAUGGAGGUUGGUUAUAGAAAAGGAUGACAUGCCUGAUUUGGAAGUAAGAAUCUCAGAAACUGAGUUCUUUGAUGCCAGCUACAGCAUCGGGAUGUACAACCUCCUGGCCUAUGUGAGGCACCUGAAAGAACAGCAGGAGGAAGCCCUGCAGAGCUUACAUGAAGCUGAAGCCUUGACCCAAAGUGAGCAAUUGAGCAGGAGAAGCCUGGUGACCUGGGGCAACUGUGCCUGGCUGCAUUACCACAGGGGCAGCUUGUCAGAAGCCCAGAUCUACCUGGACAAGGUGGAGAAGGUUUGCAAGGAAUUUUCAAGUCCCUUUCGGUACAGGCUGGAGUGUGCUGAGAUGGACUGUGAGGAAGGCUGGGCCUUGUUGAAGUGUGGCACACAAAAUUAUACACGAGCCAUGGCCUGCUUUGAAAAGGCUCUGAAAGUGGAGCCAGAAAACCCUGAAUACAAUGCUGGCUAUGCAGUCGUAGCCUAUCGCCUGGAUCACAUUGAUGGCACUUCUCUCCAACAUUUAAGGAAGGCUGUCAGCGUCAAACCAGAAGAUCCAUACCUUAAAGUUCUUCUUGCCCUAAAGCUUCAGGAUUUACACCAACUAGAAGAAGCAGAAAAACACAUUAAAGAAACUCUACCCAGGAUAUCCUCACAGCCUUAUGUCUUUGGAUAUGUAGCCAAAUUUUACCGAAGGAAAGGAUUGGUGAAAGAAGCUCUUGAGUACUUUGAAAGAGCCUUGCAGAAACAACCUUGCUCCACCUUCUUGCAUUUCCAGAUUGGCCUUUGCCAUAAGAAACGACUGAUUCAAAUAAAGCAAGCUUCAAACAUGCAACCAAGAGGGGAAGAUAGAAAAAGAGCAGACGAAUCCAUCCAUUUGGCUAUACGUCAUUUUAAAAAGACUUUAGAACUGAAACCCACAUAUGAAUUGGCAUAUCUUAAUCUGGCUGAAAUGUAUUUGGAGAUUGGUCAGCUAAAAGAAGCAGAGGACAAUUUUCAGAAAGUGUUAAGCAUGAGUAACUUGCAAGAUCAUAUUCAGCAAGAGAUUCAUUUCCGGUAUGGCAACUUCCAACAAUACUAUAAGAAAUCAGAAGAGGCAGCCAUCACACAUUACUUAAAAGGCCUGAAAAUAGAGGUAACUUCUUACUACAGGGAUAAACUUCUCAAGGCUUUGGAGAACCUGGCUGAAAGACGCAAGGAAGAUCAUGUCCUGGAAAGCUUGAGCCUCCUUGGGCUCAUCUACAGACUGAGAGGGGACACAAGUGAAGCCAUGUCAUGUUAUGAGAAGGCCCUGAGGCUCACAGGAGCAGUGACCCCUGAGUUUUGAGGUAGAGCUUCUUGAGUGGCUUGUUAAGUGUGAGCAUGACUCCCUUUUCUACGAUUCUUUUCCAGCUGUUGCCUUAACUAUAUAAAACCCCAUGAAGGAAGGUACAGAUGGUGCCUUUUCUAUUGCUUCUAUUGCUUUCUAUUGCUUCUACAGCCCUAAUUUAUGGUUGAGGGCCUAUGAGUGUGUGCCAGGAGUGUCCAUUCUCCAGUCACACAGGCUGGACAUUUUCCGUAUGAGUGUGCCUUUGGAUUGCAUCUUCUCUAACACCAGUCUUCCAGUAUCCUGAUCAAAGGACACUUGACACAUUAAGGCUUAUUUUUUAUGGGAUGUCCCAAAUUUCAGCAACAUCUGACAGCAAAAUAAAUGAGCAAUGGUGAGCAUCACAAAGGAGAGAAUUGCAAGAUAUCCUUACAGUGUUUCAGUCCAUAGGCCUAUUUUUAUAGGCUUUACCACAGCCAGAACCUGCUGGUCAAUGACCCCCAACCCAAUUAUCAAUGCAUCUUUUUGUAUACAAGUGUUUGAUUUCAGAUAAUUGUGGUGGAUUUCUGUGGUCUACAUAUAUUGGUAUUUAUUCACCACUAAGUAAGAUUUAAGGCUUCAGGACGAUAGAAUAAAGCAGUAACCUCUGUGGGAUGUGCCAACAACAACAACAAAAUGACAAAAUUGCUACCUGACACCAUUCAGACUAUGGAGAGUUGUGUGAUACACCUUGUUGCUUUCCCAACCCUAUCAUAUUCAAUAAAAUCUGCUAAUAUCACAG